AUGGUGGAGGAGACAAGCUCAGGCGGUGGCUCAUCAGCUUCUCCGAUCAAAACCAUCGUGGUUUUGGUACAGGAGAACAGGUCUUUUGAUCACAUGUUAGGUUGGUUCAAGGAGCUAAACCCUGAAAUCGAUGGAGUAUCCGAAUCCGAACCAAGAUCCAACCCGUUUUCCACAACAGACCCGAACUCUGCUCAAGUCUUCUUCGGCAAAGAAUCUCAGAACAUUGAUCCUGACCCCGGUCACUCCUUCCAGGCGAUCUACGAGCAAGUUUUCGGGAAACCGUUCAGUGACGAGAGUCCAUACCCGGCUCCGACAAUGAACGGGUUCGUACAAAACGCAGAGGCCAUCACACCAGGGAUGUCGGAGAAAGUAGUCAUGCAAGGGUUUCCACCGGAGAGGCUUCCCGUGUUCAAGGAGCUAGUCCAAGAAUUCGCCGUAUGUGAUCGGUGGUUCUCGUCUUUGCCUUCGUCGACGCAGCCUAACCGUUUAUACGUCCACUCGGCGACAUCAAACGGUGCGUUUAGCAAUGAUACUAACACACUUGUACGUGGGUUUCCUCAGAAGACAGUGUUUGAAUCACUUGAAGAGAGUGGAUUCACGUUUGGGAUUUACUACCAGUCUUUUCCUAAUUGCCUAUUUUACAGGAACAUGAGGAAGCUGAAGUACGUGGACAACUUCCAUCAAUACCACUUAAGCUUCAAGAGACACUGCAAAGAAGGGAAGCUUCCAAACUAUGUGGUCAUCGAACCUAGAUACUUCAAAGUUCUGUCGGCUCCAGCAAAUGAUGAUCACCCAAAAAACGACGUGGCUGAAGGCCAAAACCUAGUCAAAGAGAUCUACGAAGCCUUAAGAGCUAGCCCUCAGUGGAACGAGAUUCUCUUCGUUCUAGUGCUUCUCCUGCCUUAUACCCGGGACGGGCCUGAUGAGCAUGGUGGUUACUAUGACCAUGUCCCUACUCCUGUCACUGGAGUUCCAAAUCCUGAUGGUCUUGUCGGUGGUCCUCCGUUUAACUUUAAAUUUGACCGGCUUGGUGUUAGGGUUCCUGCAUUGCUGAUCUCACCUUGGAUCGAACCUGGAACUGUGUUACACGAGCCAAAUGGACCAGACCCAACGUCACAGUAUGAGCAUUCAUCGAUUCCAGCUACACUGAAAAAGAUAUUCAACCUCAAGAGCUUUCUUACAAAGCGUGACGAAUGGGCAGGAACAUUUGAUGCUGUCAUCAACCGAACCAGCCCAAGAACUGACUGCCCUGUUACAUUACCUGAACUUCCAAGGGCAAGAGCCUUAGACAUUGGAACACAAGAAGAAGAUGAAGAUCUCACGGAUUUUCAGAUCGAGCUGAUACAAGCAGCGGCUGUUAUAAGAGGUGAUCAUAUCAAAGACAUUUACCCGUUGAAGCUAGUGGACAACAUGAAAGUUUCAGAUGCGGCCAAGUACGUAGAGGAAGCUUUCACUAAGUUCUAUGGUGAGUCUAAGAAGGCUAAAGAGGUAGGUCGUGAUGAACAUGAGAUCGUUGAUCUUUCUCAGGGAACUACUCGUCACUCAAGUCCAAAAUCUUUAAUUCAGAAGUUUUUCUCUUGCUUGAUUUGUGAUAAUUGA